AUGACGUCGCUGCAUCGACGAUGGAUAUCGAUUAGAGAGACUGGAAUAUUGACGAAAAAGUACCUGAAUGAUCCGAGUCUUCGUGUUCGUAUUGUACCAAUGUUAAAAGAUAAUUACGGCUACGUGGUGGUAGAUGAGGCCAAUCAGACAAUGUUUGCAGUCGAUCCUGCCGAGUCUAGCAAGAUCUUGACGGUAUUAAAGGAGGAAGAAACGACUCGAAACCGCGAGUUUCUUGGCGUCUUGACAACACACAAACACGAAGAUCACGCUGGAGGCAACGAGGAAAUGGCGAAACACUAUCCGGACGUGAUGAUUGCUGGACCGGAACAUGAGCGGAUCCCAGCACGGAACUGCCCAGUGAACGGAGGAGAAGAGUUUAAGAUUGGAGCGGCAAAAGUGAAGGUGUUGAAUGUAUCCUGCCACACGAAGGCCCAUGUGGCGUACGUUAUCACGGGCGACGAUGAGACGCCACCACUGCUGUUUCCAGGCGAUACACUGUUUGUAGGAGGCUGUGGACGCUUCUUUGAAGGAACGGCGGAGGACAUGUACAGGGCUCUGUACGAAGUACUUCUCAAGCUACCAAAGGACACGAGGGUGUACUGUGGUCAUGAGUAUACCAUGUCGAACCUACGUUUCGCUCUUAGCGUAGACCCAUCUAAUCAGGCUUUGCGCGACAAGAUUUCAGCCGUUCGUAUUCGUCGGGCGAAGAAUCUGCCCAGCGUCCCGUCUUCCCUACGUGAAGAAAUACUCUACAACCCCUUCUUGCGCGUGCAUAACGAGACUAUUCGCAAUGCUGUCGGCGGAAGAGAUCCGGUCAGCGUUCUUGAAAACCUUCGCCGACGCAAAGACUCGUUUCAGUAA